AUGGACAGACGUUAUCAUAUGAGAUCUGAAACGAGGAGGGAUAUUGGACUACGCAUGCUGAUCCACCCUCAAGACUUUCUUCCUAGAGAAACCUCCUCAGGAUUCAAGGUAUUUGAUUUCAUGAGAAUAUCCGGGUCAGACACAAUUCUCAUCCGUGGAAAAUCAUCGACUUGUCUUUUUCGGAUCCACAAAGAGCUGUUCGAGAUGACAUUAAAUCGCUAUCCCGUGGCUUACUCUCCAUUGGCAGACCUUCAUGAGAAUGUUUACACCUUCUCGAUCGACUUCGAUCCCACCGUGGCUCGCUUUGUUGAAUGGGCCUACAAGGGUGAAUACCGCGAAUUCGUUGAUCUCGACAUCCCUACACAGCCAGAAUUGCCGAGGCCCAGGUACCAAUGGGCAGGGGUUAAUCUAGAAUUUGUCAACACUUUGCAGUCUUCGGUGGAUUCGAGCAAUUAUCGCGAAGUAGAGCCAGAGAAGGCCGAUUGCAUUAUUCAAAAUUACCCCUUUUUAGUUCACACGCGCUUAUACCUGUUUGCUGAGAGAUAUCAAAUCUCUGCAUUGGCGGUACUUGCCCUGAAUUUGGCUAGAGAAAGCUGCGAAAAACCGGAGAAGUUGGCCAUGGGAAAAUACCAUACAUUGAUUUGGCGGACUAUUCAGAACGUCGUACGUCUACAUUCAGAUGAUUCGGAACUGUCCGAGUUAACCCACAAAGUUUUGCAUCAUAACAUCGACUUCAUCUUUUGGAAGUGA